AACACGAACUGUUUCAGCCUGCGUUAAGCUUUUUUGCACUAUUGUACUUUUUGUAAAAGUUUACACAUGAUAUUCUCCAAAACACUUUUACAUUUAACUUAAGCUAUUAAACGCAUAUAUAAAGGCCUAUCCAUUUGAAACGACAGAUAACGUGAAGGAUCAGAUAAGUAAUAACAUGCCAUUUCCGAGGGGAAAGAAGCCCAUCUCCAGCAAAAUACCAAAACUGAAUACCAAAGGCCUGGAGAACCAGCAGGAUGGGCCCCAGACCAAGCGUUCAUCCUCCUCUCCUCAAGGGGCUCCUAAGAAAAGAACUGCUUUUGUGGACAUCACCAAUGCACACAAGAUCGAGCUAUGCAAUCCCAUCAAGAAAGAUCCUAUCAAGAAGUUGCAGAAGAAGGCCUCAGUACUUGCUAAGAAUGAUGGCACCUUUAAAAAAUCAGCUGUGGUCAGUUUGGAGGAAAAGUUGCAGGAACUGAAGAAAGUUGAGUUACCAGUUGAGAAACCAGUGGAGCCCUGUUCCAAAGCUUCACUUCCUCCACAUCUGCUGCCCCCACAGAUCCCUCCAGAGUUCGACAUUGAUUCUGAGCACCUCAGCGACUCCACACAUGCACCAGAGUAUGCCAAAGAUAUUUUUGACUACCUCAAGAGCAGGGAGGAGAAGUUUGUCCUGCAAGACUACAUGGCCAAUCAGACAAAUCUGAACAGAAAUAUGCGAGCAAUUCUGGUGGACUGGCUGGUUGAGGUGCAGGAGAAUUUUGAGCUGAAUCAUGAGACUUUGUACCUGGCUGUGAAAAUGACGGAUCAUUAUCUGGCCGUGACCCAAGCCAAGCGAGAUUCUUUACAGCUCAUUGGUUCCACUGCCAUGCUCAUUGCUUCUAAAUUUGAGGAGCGGGCUCCUCCAUGCGUAGACGAUUUCCUUUAUAUUUGCGACGAUGCCUACAAGCGCUCUCAACUCAUCGCCAUGGAGAUCAGCAUCCUGCAGGCACUGAAAUUUGACAUUAAUAUUCCGGUUCCAUACCGUUUUCUCCGUCGUUAUGCCAAGUGUGUGAAUGCAGGUAUGGACACACUGACUCUGGCGCGGUUUAUUUGUGAGCUGAGUUUGCUCGAGAUGGAGUUUGUGCCCGUGAGAGCCUCUCUGCUCGCCUCUGCCUGCCUGCUCAUCGCCCUGGUAACCAAGGAUUUGGGAGGAUGGUCAGCAUGUCUGAAGUUCCACUCUGGAUACAACGGGGAGGAUCUGGCGCCCGUGGUCAGAAAACUCCAUCACAUGCUCAGCAGCCCACCAGACAGUAAGCUUGCCAUCAUCAGGAGCAAGUACGCACAUGAGGUUUUCUUUGAAGUUGCGUUGAUACCCACAGUGAAUCUACAGAAGCUGGAGGGGUUUUUGAAGUGAGCUGAGGGGAAAAUGUGUAAUGUUUCAAAGACUGUAAAUAUUUAUAUUGAAUGUUGUAUUUGAAUCUUUUAAAAUAUUUUUUGAGUGUAAAUGGAACGUUUAUGCAUGUCUUCCAUUUUUCAUGUUUGACUGUUCAUGUUUGGAUUUUCUUUUUUAUAAACCAUGUUACUCUUGUAAGAGUAAAAUCACUUAAACAGAAACCAGUGACUAUAUCAUUAAAGUUGUUAUAGAACUCUUAAAAGUUAAAUAAAGUUUGAUAAAGUAAAAAACAUCCUAUUCACUGUAUUUGUUCAUUAGAUUUGUUAGAUUAAUGUAAUAAUGUUAUUAAAAUAGCAUUUAAACAAUGCUUAAACAUGUACAUAUAUCUGUUGGUUUUCGUACAGCAUUCUAUGUUUGCCAUG